AACAUAAUUUUCUUCGGUAACGUUUCCGCAAAUUUGAGAGCGUUGGUUCAUUUGUUUAUACGUUUUGUGUACGGUGUCAGUUGGAUAAUUGUUUAUCGCGAAUAAAUAAAAUCUAUAAUUAUUUAUUGUCAUUUGAAAAUUUUAUCUUACAUGACACACAUAUUUAGCCAUAAUGUUUUUCAUAAAUUAACCAAUUGAUGAUUAUAUUAGAAUAUUAUGCAGUAAAUAUUAAAAGGAAGUUAUCAAAUUUUUGGACAUAGUCAUUGUUAUACUUUUCAGAAAGUGUCUUAUAAAAAGUUUUGAACUAUUGUUAUUAAUACAAUGGCUUUGCAUAGUGUACCACCAAAGAGAAAAGAGAUUUAUAAAUAUGAAGCUCCAUGGUCUUUGUACAGUAUGAACUGGUCCGUAAGACCGGACAAACGUUUUCGUUUGGCCCUUGGCAGUUUCGUAGAGGAAUAUAAUAAUAAGGUACAAAUUGUUUCAUUGGACGAAGAAACUUCUGAAUUUAUAGCCAAAAGUACAUUCGAUCAUCCUUAUCCAACGACAAAGAUUAUGUGGAUACCGGAUAGUAAAGGACUAUUUCCCGAUCUUUUAGCAACCUCGGGAGAUUAUUUGAGAGUAUGGAGAGCGGUAGAACCAGAAACUCGUUUGGAAUGUGUUUUAAAUAAUAAUAAAAAUUCAGACUUUUGUGCGCCAUUGACUUCGUUCGAUUGGAACGAAGUUGAUCCAAAUUUAAUUGGGACAUCGAGCAUAGACACCACCUGUACUAUUUGGGGAUUAGAAACGGGACAAGUUUUAGGCAGAGUAAACGUUGUUACUGGACACGUAAAAACACAAUUAAUAGCUCACGAUAAAGAAGUAUACGAUAUAGCAUUUAGUCGUGCCGGUGGUGGAAGAGAUAUGUUUGCUUCGGUUGGUGCCGAUGGAUCCGUUAGAAUGUUUGACUUAAGACAUUUGGAACAUUCAACUAUUAUUUAUGAAGAUCCACAACAUACGCCAUUACUCAGACUCGCAUGGAAUAAACAAGAUCCUAAUUAUCUUGCUACUAUUGCUAUGGACGCAUGCGAAGUUAUCAUUUUAGAUGUUCGUGUUCCAUGCACGCCGGUCGCAAGAUUAAAUAAUCACAGAGCAAGCGUUAAUGGUAUUGCUUGGGCACCGCACUCUUCUUGUCAUAUUUGUACUGCGGCGGAUGAUCAUCAAGCAUUAAUUUGGGAUAUACAACAAAUGCCUAGGGCCAUAGAAGAUCCGAUUCUUGCUUAUACAGCAGCGGAAGGAGAAGUAAAUCAAAUCCAAUGGGGUGCUACGCAACCCGAUUGGAUUGCUAUUUGUUAUAACAAAGCGGCAGAAAUUCUUAGAGUAUAAAAGUAUGACUUUUCGAGACUUUUUUGUUUUUUUUUUGUUUCUAUUUGUUCAAUUUUGAAAUUAUCAUUUAAUUUUGAAAUUUUCAUUUUAUCGAACUGGAUGGAUAAAUCUUCCAUUUAUUUAAGAUUUUUAAUAACAUAUAUGUAUAUCUGUGUAUGGACAUACGCUACAUGUAAAAAAAGAAAAAGAAGAAGAAAAAAAAAAAAGAAAAAUAAACGUAUGUGCAUACAUUAUAUAUACGUAACUAUAUAAUACGAACAUUGUAUACAUAGUAUAUUGUACAUAUGUAGUGUAAGAAUUUUCUUUUCUUCUUUUUUUUCUUUUUUCUUUUUUUUUCUUUUUUUUUUUUUUUUUGUAACAAUAUGUUAUAACUCUCUAAAGAAUCUUCAAAUCUCUGACUGUACAUUAUUAAUAAUGUGUCCAGUCAAAAUAUCAAUUGAAUAUUUCUUACUUGUGCAAUUAAGGUUUAUUUAGUUGUACAAUGCUGUAUCUUGUUAUUUAUUGUAUAUAUGUCUAUAUAGUUCAAUGUAUUUAUCGACAUUAAUUGAGGAAAAAAAUAUUUAUCUAUAGCAAUUUUUUUUCAUCCUUCCAAGGAGAAAAAUUCUUGUAUAUCGUUAUAUAAAAAUAUGAUUGCCAUUACUUCGCAAUAUGUUUAUAAUAUAGUAUAACAUUAAUUAAGUUAAUUAGCGUAUUUUAAACAUUUAAGAAUUCAUAGACGAACCAUAGCAAUUCGAUUACUUUUAAAUAUCGUAUCGAUAUCUGUUAUGAGAACUUUAACUAUCGACAAUAUUUUUAAUGUAUCAUUGACUAUCAUCAUUAUAUUAUCUUCAUGAGACAUUUGCAUCAAUGUUUUAAUUGUUUGUGAUUAUUUAAAAGUAUUUUAUAAUAAAAGCGUAGUAUUAAUUUUAGAUAUAAGAUUUUGAUACUCUAGGAGGUAAACUAAUAUAUAUAUAUAUAUAUACAUAUAUAUAUAUAUAUAUAUAUGUAUAUGGCUGUCACUAAAGAAUUUUUUAUAUAUGCAAUAAUUCAAAUUUCAAUAUAAAAUUUCAGUAAUCAGUUGAAUAGUGUGUUCCUCUCAUUAAUAACAUCAAUUGUUAAAAUUAAAAACAUUAAUCGAAGUCAUUCAUUAUUAAUUUCCCGUAGACAAAAUAUUUUAUUGACUAAUUUUUCAAAUAGACGCAUUAAUUUUAUUAAUAAAUUUGUUAUAUAAUAAUGUCAUUGAAUUUCUAAGUAAAUAGUCAAAUUUUAUAUUUUAAAAAAGUGAAGUGACCACGUAUAAGCGAUAAUAUUAAAAUGAUGAUAAUAAUGAUUAUUGUAUCAUUUAAUUAUAAUUAUAAUCUUGGAAUAAUGAUUGUAUUAUGAUACAAUUGAUUUAUGUACAAAAAUGCCUUAAUUUAUAUAACUAUCAUUUUAGAUCAUAUAUACAGCAUUGUAUUUCACAGAUUAUAUGAACGAAUAAUACAACAUGAUUAUGUAAUAUUAUUGUUUUUUUUUUUUUCUUUUCUUUGACCGAUAAAUAUAUCACAAAUAAUAAUGAUAUAAUAAUAAUAAUAAUAAUAAUAAUAAUAAUAAUAAUAAUAAUAAUAAUAAUAACAAUAACAACAACAACAACAAUAAUAAUCAUUCGAUAAAUUUAUUCUACAUUUUGUACAUCUACUUCAAUAAAUAGUAUGAACUCUGAUACAGAGCAAGCCUUUCACAGUCUAAAAAUUGAGCAAAUGACUGUGCAUUAGUAUUUUCAAAGUAACUAUCUGAGGAUUGUUUACAUAAAUACAUUCUUUGUAUUCUUCCGAAAGCAUAUAAUCCUUGUAAUAUAUUCACAAUAUAUUAAUAUAUUGAUUUAUAUGUGAAUUAUACAAGACAAUGUCAAGUGAAUGAAUUGCCUAACUAAUACAACUUUCUUAUUUGAAUGUCAAGAUAAGAAUUAAAGAUUUGCAUUUAGAACACACAUUUUUGUUAUCUUAAUUAAUUUUAAAUGUAUUAUUUACGGUGUAUUUUAAUAAAUCUUUUUUUUUCUUUCUUUCUUCUUUU